AUGGCUGCCAAAGCAGCUUUGGCAUUCCUACUGCUGGCCACUGCGGCAGCGUACAGCAGCCAACGCGUCCCGAUCGAUGCGCAAAGAAGCCAGGUUGUUGCUGCCGAGAGGCGUCGGCGCUUUAACGCUGCCGCUGCAUUGAUCGGCGUCGCUGCGGCACCGUCGACGGCGCGAGCAAUCACCUGGAAGGUGCGAGACCGGCGUCCGCAUUCCGACGAGUCGCGGCGAUGGCGUGAAGGCGGUAGCGACUCGACUCGGAGAAUUCUUGUCGGUCGUCGAUGCGCGUCGACGCGACGGCGUCACCCCCCGCGCAGGACGAUCGCGAGGACGUCAACGCCGUGUUCAUGGACAAGUACCCGAAAGCCAUUUUAAUCGAGUCCGGAAUAGCGCUCGUAAUCUUGGCCUUGUCCAAGGCAGGCAUCGGACCACUAGCCGAAAAAUUUAAGGAG